GCGAUGCCAUCUGGCACGUGUGGAGGGUGCCCCGAGGACCCUCUGCUGAACUGCACCCUUCGCACGAUGACGUGGCGCUACCUGCGAGUGUCUUCCAACUCUGCUGACGUGAACUUCACUGUAGCAGCCGCCUCUGCUACAGACGCUGCUACAGUCGCUGGCACCUUUCACCCCCUGCGCGCCCCCCUCCUCCUCCCCCACACCAUCAAGCGCAUCAGCAUUGGCUGCCCUGCUACUCCCUCCCUCCCCUCCUCCCCCUCUCGCUCUGCUCCCCCUCUCUCUGCCUCCUCCUCUCCCUCUGGCUCUUCACAUCAAAGCAGCAGUGAGGCAGGAUCUUCUGUGGGGGAGCAACUAGUGCCCUGAGGGCGAGACACAGGAGCCUGGC